AUGUAUGACCAACGUGUUGCUUGUGGAUGGAGGGCUGACGAAGUACCAUCGUGGGUAGAAGCUGCACAGAAAGGCGGAAAGAUAUUUUACUGGGUUCUCCUUUCGGAUGCUUUUCCGGAUAGAGAAAAGGUACUUAAGCAGCACACUAGUGCCUAUCCGAAGGAGGCAAACCCGUUGAGGGAUACAGCAGCAGAAAUUCGGCUCGUCCCGCGGCAGCCAACCAUGGUGGAGUUCAUCCCUAUUGGUCAUGUUGCUCUUGAUAUCCACGAACCCGAUGAGGACAUCAAACUUGGCCUUCCAGCUACCGGGACCGUGUGGGUUCAUCAACUGUACAUUUCGCGAGCGCUCCAUGGAGGUGGAUUUGGUGCCGGAGCCAUGUCUAAAAUCGAGACGCUAGCCACGCGAAGCCCAAUGAAUGCGAAAAUAGUAGCCUUGGAUACCCUAUCAAAGGAGAUGCAGACCGAACCAGAGAUACGAGACCUCCUAUAUGGGGAAGGACGUAUGCCUCUGCCAGUGGUUUCCAAUGAAGACUGGUAUACUGGUCAAGGGUACGAAGUACUUCGACGAGAGAAAGGUGCAUAUAUAUGGAACCCUCAGGAAGGAAUCAGUGUGUCUAGUAAGUUACAUCCCAGCCGUUUCGGGGCCUUUGUGUUACUUUAA